UUCAGAGAACAGGUGAAUAUCGCGAUUCAGACCAACGCCCGUACUUUCAAACUCUAAUAAUCAAGUCCCAGAGUCCGUUUUCCGAUUUUUAGUAAGAGCCUUUAUAACUUUUUUCGAAAUUUAAUUUAAUCUCGUUGAUUUUAUUUAUCGGAUUUCUCUGCGUGUCUAGACGGCGUAGGCUAAUGAGCUAAGAAAAAUAAGGACAGUGACGUGUGAAAUCUGCUGCUAUUUUUUUAAUUAAUCCGCAAUCUGACUUACCGACUUCAGGACACCAGGUCCUGUCUUUUACGUCGUGUUAACGCUUUUGUUUAUUUUUUUUUAAUUAAUUAUGUGAUUCAUCGGGUGGUUUUGUGGAUAAUAAACAAGCCUGGUUAAAUGGAGGCUGCUCGUUACUGGGGUGUUCACUACAGCGGAGGGAUGGCCGGGCAGCAUUACUGCCUGCGCUGGAACAAUUACCAGUCAAAUAUGACCUCAGUGUUCCACCAGCUUUUGCAAACGGAGGCUUUCGUGGACGUGACACUUGCCUGCAACGAGGCAUCGUUAAAGGCGCACAAGGUCGUGCUAUCAGCAUGCAGUUCAUACUUUAAAAAACUCCUGCUAUCAAACCCCUGCAAGCAUCCGACGAUAAUAAUGCCCCAGGACGUGUGUUUCAACGACUUGAAAUUCAUAAUAGAGUUCGUCUAUAAGGGGGAAAUAGACGUGUCCCAAGCGGAACUUCAGUCAUUAUUGAAAACGGCGGAUCAAUUAAAAAUAAAAGGACUCUGCGAAGUGCCGGAGAGUAAGGAAGCGCCAGCAACAGUAAGCUUGAGCUCGUCACCACGAGAACCAGGAGGUGGUGCAUCGAGAUUCAAUUACGCGAAACUUAAGAGACAUCACCCAAAGUACAAACGACAACGAACGGGAUUCGCUGGUGGAGUUGCUGGCGUUGGAGAGGCUGCUGUUGGAGGAGGAGCUGGAAGACCGACUAGCACUGACUCGAGGGGACAAUACGACAGGUACAAAGAGGAGGAUAACGAGAACACUGGGGCUGGAGGAUUCGGCUGUGAAAACGACAAAGAGAAUCACCGGGGUGACUGGCAGACGGAGGAUGAGGAGUGCGGAGGAGACGCAGCAGUAAUCCUGGAAUCCUGCCAGCGAGACACCAACAACGGUAACGGCACAAACAACAAUAACGGUGACAUGUUCUGUCACACAGGUCUAGGUCAUUACGGUCACCAUCCGGAUCCAGGCGAAGUCGACUUACCACCAGAGACUCAGCCGACGCCGCCGAGUGCCACCCUCGUCGGUACCACUAUCACACAUCUCAGGGACACUGAUAACCAUUCUACAGAUAUACAAAAUUGUGAUAACGUUAAAAUAAAAUUUGAAACACUUCACACGAUGGAUUCAUCAGACACAAUAGACAUUGACAGUCAUAUGUCGGAUUGUGCGAGCGUUAGUUCUAAACAUGCAGCUGAGGGUGACAAUAUGAUGAUGAUAACACCCGAAUUAUUGGGUUUGAUGCCGUCCGGCAGUUCAGUUCAUUCAAAUUCCGGUGAAAACAAUUCACGAAGUCACUCGGGAGGCUCUGGACAUCAUCAUGGCUCUAAAUCAUGGACACAGGAAGACAUGGACGCUGCACUUGACGCUCUCAGGAAUCACGACAUGAGUUUAACAAAAGCUUCGGCGACAUUCGGAAUCCCAUCGACGACAUUGUGGCAGCGCGCCCACCGACUGGGCAUCGACACUCCAAAGAAAGACGGACCCACUAAAUCCUGGAGCGACGAGAGUCUGAACAACGCGUUGGAGGCUCUAAGGACGGGAACUAUUUCCGCGAACAAAGCGUCGAAGGCGUUCGGCAUACCCUCGAGUACGCUGUACAAAAUAGCCAGGAGAGAGGGCAUAAGAUUGGCGGCUCCAUUCAAUGCGAGUCCCACCACUUGGUCGCCGGCGGAUCUUGACAGAGCUCUUGAGGCAAUAAGGUCUGGCCAGACUUCUGUACAAAGAGCUUCCACCGAAUUCGGUAUACCCACGGGUACUCUCUACGGGAGAUGUAAACGAGAGGGAAUUGAAUUGAGUCGGAGUAAUCCAACUCCUUGGAGUGAGGAUGCUAUGACCGAAGCUCUCGAAGCUGUCAGGUUGGGUCACAUGAGUAUAAAUCAAGCGGCAAUUCAUUACAAUCUCCCAUACUCAUCUCUCUACGGUCGUUUCAAACGCGGCAAGUAUGAAGAGCCAGUCGCAGAGUUAUCUCAAGACGGUACAAAUCCCCACUUCCAUCAGAGCCCGCACCACAAUCACUCAUCUUCACUUCCCGAUCAAAUGCCUUAUCAGGGCAGCUGAAAUUUACCUCUCUACUAGGACACACCAGCUCCUAGAUACAUCGCUCUCGAUCUCACUUGCUCGUUUUCUCGUCUAUAAAUAAUAAUAAUAAUAAUAAUAAAACUUCUAUUACUACUUCUGCUACUACUACUACUCCCCCCACAAUUAUUAUUAUGGAUCAUCGAGGAUCAAUGAGACGAUUGCGUUGCGAGAAUUCUCUUGCAGUAUUACAAAACGUUUAUACCCACACUUUUGAAAUAAAAAUAAAUUUCGUUGAUAAACGUAAUAUCUAAUGAGGCGGAUAAAUGUACAGAGGGUAAAAUUACCUGUGAAAUUUUUGUAUUUUAAUCAAGUAUAGUUAGAAAGAUGUUUUAAAUUAGUUACGGAGCAACAAACAAUUAAAUAUAUAAAUAAAUAUUAAAUUCAAUAACUAUAAGUACAAUCGUUACUCCGUUGAUUUGUAAUUUACGAUUAAGAACAUCAGGGAUAAAAAUUUAAAAAAAAAUUAAAAUUAACAAACGUAUAAAAAUGGAUCAAUAUAUAUAUAAAUAUAAAUAUGAUAAUUAUUUUUAAACAAUUAAAUUUUAAUUUAUAGUUCGCUUUAUUUUUAGUCUUCCAAAGGAACAAAAAAAUUUUCUCUACAUUUUUUUUAUACAGAUAUUAAUUAUUGAUUAUUGAUUAAUUAUUAAUUACUAAUUAAUUAAUUGUUAAAGAAAAUAAUAGGCAUUGAACAAUAAAUUUUUUACCGCGUUCGUAGACUGAGUUUAUAUGUAACGAACAAAAAAAAAAUAAUAAAUUACAAGCAAUGAUUUCUGUGUGUUGAGGAUAUUAAUUAUUUAGUUUUAUUAAUUAGGGAGGAUGAUUUUAACUGUAAUUGUUUAUUGUUUUAAUUAGAUUUGUAAUAUGAAAUUUUAGUUGCGACAAACUGCCAGGCGCAUCAGUAUGUUUAUGAUAAUAUUAAUUUAUGCUCAUUGCUGGUGUAAUUAUUUUAUUAUUAUUUUUAUUUUUAUUGGUAUGGAUCGAGUGACAAGUAUAUAAGGUAUAUUGUAAUGUAAAUUUUUAUACCUUAUAUAUAUAUAUGAAUACAAAGGAAAUAAGAGUUUAAUAAAGUAUGGAUAAUAUUAUAUAUGUAUAUGUAUAUGUAUAAAUAAUUAAAUGAUAACUGAUAAAUAAAUGUACAGUUUAUAUAUUUUAAAUUAAAAAUUAAUUAUAAAUGUAAC